AGGAAUAGCCUGGUUCCCGCUUAGGAAGGAAGCGUUUUAGUGAUUCCGAUCAACUUCAUCAUGGCGAUGUUUGAUUUAUGGGGACAACGUUGUGUUUGUUAAACCUGCUGAAUUUCUGUUCACAGAAAGAUUUGUUUAUCUUCACAGCAGGUCAGAUUCAGCUUUGUUACUGAUACUCUUCAAGUUGUCCUUGUACAUAAUAAACAUGCCUAAAAAUAACAUCUUGAUGAAGAAAGAUGAAAAUACAGAAAAUGUGGAACCAAAGGGGCGGAGUAAAAAGGGAAAGAAAAGCAAAAAGAAAGCAACCGAUGACGAAAUCGAUUUGGACGAGAUUAUCAAGGCCAAUCAGGAAGUGGCGGUCAAGACUUCAAAAGAAAAACAGCAGGUGGAGAACUGUCCUCACAUGGCCAACAAGGAGGAGCACCAGUUUAUGUGUACCACCUGUCGUGUGAUUUGUUGUGAGCCCUGUCUACGGAUGAAUCAUCAUGGUGAUCAGCAUCGCUGGUGCGAGUUGAUGCCGUACGAUCCGUCAGACUCUGAGGCCACAAAUGUGGAACCUGAAGAGGAACUCAUCCCAGUGAACAUUCGCGGAAAAAGACGUUUACCAGGGGGAUAUGUGAGUACGCGUCGACUUGGGUCAAGUAGGAAAAAGGAGUCGUGUACAUGUUGCCAUGGGAGUCAUAAACAUGAUCCUAAAAGUCUAAAACGCUUAGUGCCGAUUGAUUCUAGUAGGUUUGAUAACACUCUGUUAACUAUAGAGGACUCCCGGAAGGAAGACUCUAGUGAUAGCAGUGAUAACUCGACCAAUAAAGACGAAGACCCAAAAUCAACGAAAAAGACUCGCAAAAAGAAACAAAAACAAAGUUUUAAGGAUCAAGAUCCUGAUGAUAUUUCUAGAAGCCCACCAAGAAUGACUUUUACUUUUGCAAAUGAACCAACUCUUAGAGAUAUUGCACGAGAGGAUGAAUUACUGGAGACGAUGAAGAUUUUAGAAGACGACGAGGAAUUUAGAGAAUAUGUUGCCAAAGAUGAAAUUUUGUUUGAAAAGAUCAAGAUUCUACAAGAAUACGGACAGUUUGUUCAUGAAGUGAAUGAUGGUCAAAUACUCGAUACUCAAGAUAUAGAGACCAAAUGCAGUCACUGUGAGGAAGAGUGCAAGAGGUGGCAAAUUUUCAGGGAGGACUUGGACCGUGAAGCAAUCCUCUAUCUGAAGGAGAACAAAUUUGAUAUCCAUAGCAAUGAGCCUAACGAGAUCAGUAAAUAUGGGGACCUCAGAAUCGGCGAGUUUGUGGAUGAUAUUGAUGAGGAUGAAUAUGAUAGUGGUGACGAUUGUGAUGUGUUGUCAGACGAGUUCGAAUCAGAUCAUGGAUUCACCGAAGCUGUUAGAGAGUGGUUGAAACUUCCACCUCCAAGUCGAUUAACCUCUGUUCAGGAAGCUUGGGUUGCUCUGACAAAAAAUACUGCUACUGCAGUUCUUCACCGUCUGGCUCCAACAGAGCGCAAAAAAUUUAUCGAACAGGCAAUAUUUCUUAUAGAAAAAAAGGAAGUAGAGGAUGUUGAAAAAGACUUUAGUAAUUCAACUGAUAUGAAAGCAGAAACUGAUCAGUUAAGACAAAAUCCACAGUUUGAACCAAAUAAAAAAGCAGCUAUAUUGGAAGAUACCUGUGAGAGAAUUUUAUCUGGCAUUAUGCAAUUAAAAAUCAGAUUUCAGAAAAUCUAUAAGCGUGUUGUCAUACAUCGUGGUGGAACAACAGUUGUGGACAUCAUUCACACUAAAGUAGACCGAAUAGGAGAAGAUAUCAUACAGGAAAUUGCAAAAUAUAACCCAAACAGACAUGGAGAAGAACCGUUUGAGCUGACAGAGGAAAUUCAAGCUGCUCUCGGUUUCAUUCAGGCAAGCACUGUCUCCGCUGAGAUUCCAAAUGCGAGCAUUUUACGGAAGGUUCUUAAUACACGAUUGGAUAACAAGCUUCUGAAAAAAUUGGUUAUAAAGCAUGAAAAUGAAAAAUAUUUGCCCAUAAAUUGGCUAGAUCCAAAUGACAAAAAUAUGAAAACAGACAUUGAAUUCAUCGCCGAGGUGAAACAAGCACAGGACCCUGCAAAUUCACAGGUGAUCAUCACACAAGUGGACGACUUGAUGAAGAUGGUGGAGUUAGGUUCGGAAAUUUACCCUUUUAUAGAGCGGCGAGAAAUUGAUCCAUUUGGUCCCAAAAACUGUCCCUUGGACAUCUACUCUAUCUGCCCCAUUUCACCAGCUCUCACCUGGAUGCACAAAGUUGGCUCAGAGAGCAAUCUCCUUGUGACAGUGGGGGGGAAGGUGGUCCGUGAGUUGGACUUCAAAACUAGUGUAGAAUGUUUGGCAAUGAAUAAGGAGCGCGAUCUGCUGGCAACAGAUCCACUAAAUAAACGAGUGAUGAAGGUUACAAACAUUGAUGUCAUAACGGAGAUUCACAAGUUCCAAAAGUUAAUGCCACUUGGCAUAUGUUGCUCACGAGAAGGAAACAUUCUUGUGACCUUGUGUGAAACUUACUACGAUUACAACAUUCCGUUUGAGAAACGGCGACUGGUGGCACGAGUGUCCCAGUCGGGUGAGCAUUUGAUGGAAAUUGAAUUUUAUAACAAAGAAAAAACGGAGCGAUUUUUUGUGGUACCUCGACGUUUGACUGAAAACAGAAAUGGUGACAUCAUUGUGGUGGACAAAAUUCAAAGAAACGAGGGUCGACUGCAGUUAUUCAACAAGAUCGGCGUAGUGAUAAAGACGUUUGAUGGUCACAAGGAUAUUUUUGAACGACCUUUUGACCCCUGGGAUGUGGCUUGUGAUUAUCGACAACGUUUGCUGGUUUGCGAUUACACCAAUAACAAAAUCAUCAUAUUUCAACCCAACUACGAUCUUUUCAAGGUCAUUGCGGCAUACGAGGGGGGCUUGAGGUAUCCACUCUGUAUGGGACUCGAUUCUAAUAGUCGAAUUUGGGUCGGGGGGAAGUUUGAGAAAGUCAUGGUGUUGUCGUACGACAAGGAAAUUGAUGAAUAACAGGCAAAUGACGAGAAUUUCUCUCAACAUAUGUAGUACGGAUUGUCCUUUCAUGAUUUGUGAUACAGGCUUUAUGAAAUAUAUGGUGUACACAAAUUCAUGUUCCUUGAGUAUUUACAAAGAGAAAAUUGAAAUAUAGUGUAAAUUUUACUGCAAGAUUUUUAAAAAAAUGUUUUGAUUGGUAUAAUUGAUUGCAUCUAAUGAUUUUAAAUAAAUCUUUAUGGAUUUUAUGGAUCCAAUACAUUUUUUAUUGAUUUUAUUUAUAUAUUUAUUAUGUGAAUCAUAAUAUUUAAAUCAACAUGUUUUACAAUGGACAGAAAUGUGAACUUUAAGUGUAUUUGAGACAAUUUUAUUACUAUGUCUUUAAUGUAUAUAUACAUAAUCUG